CUUAUCUAGCACUUGCUAGAGAGUCCUUGCACUGCACUGACGCCGACGCUUCAUUAAUACCCUUCGCUUCUCAACGAUCGCGCCGUGCAAUCAUGGACCAACAACGCCUUGUUGAAUUGCUUCAGGCAUCUCAGAUCCCCGAUACGCAGAAGGUCAAGGCAGCAACCGCAGAGUUACGCAAAAACUUCUAUCCCCACCCUGAAUCCCUUAUCGGCCUCCUCCAUGUCAUCGUUUCCAACCCCGAGUCUACAGUUCGCAUGCUUGCGGCUGUUCAAGCUCUGCGACUUGUUCCCAAGCACUGGGAGAAGAUUGCCGAUGACCAAAAACCCGCUGUCCGCAACGAGCUCCUCCAAGCUAUCCUUCGCGAGCAAGAUGCCAAAUGCCGUCACGGCCAAUCCCGCGUUAUCGCUGCCAUCGCGACGUUGGACUUCGAAAGUGAACAAUGGACCGACCUGUUACCCGCUGUUAUGCAGUUAAACACUUCCGACGAUGUUACCCACCGCGAGAUCGGCUCAUACAUCGUAUUCAGCCUUCUCGAGACGAACCCCGCCUACUUCGAAGACCAUCUAUCCACCCUGUUCGAGCUCUUUGCUAAGACCAUUAGAGACCCCCAAAGUCGUGAUGUGCGAGUCAAUACCAUGCAAUCUAUCAGCGCCUUAUUAAUGCUGGUUGAUUGCGACGACGAUGAGCAGUCCGUAAAUGCUGUUCAGGGAUUUGUUCCCGUCAUGGUAGAUGUCCUCAAGGAUGCUGUUGACAGUGGAGAUGACGAGAAAAUUCAACAAUCCUUUGAAGUUUUCCAAUCAUUCCUAGCGUAUGACCCCGCGUUAAUAUCGCGCUAUUUCAAGGAUUUGGUUCAAUUCAUGCUUGACCUAGCCGUCAAUACGAAUGCUGAGGAUGACGUGCGAUCCCAAGCCUUGUCUUUCCUCGCCCAGUGUGUCAAGUAUCGCCGCAUGAAGGUCCAGGGUAUUCCUGACAUGGGCGCCCAGCUUAUGAAGAAGGGUCUCGCCAUUCUGUCCGAAUUGGAUGACGAUGACGAUGAGGAGGAUACAACACCCGCUAGAACCGCUUUGUCCCUAAUCGACCAGCUCGCUACUGACCUACCACCCAGGCAGGUCAUCGUCCCCUUGCUGGACGAAUUUGCCAAUUAUGCCGGCUCCCAGAACCCAGGUCAACGCAAGGCUUGUGUAUUGGCUCUUGGAACAUGUGCUGAGGGUGCCCCUGAGUUCGUCUCUACCCAGAUAGCAUCGGUCAUGCCCAUGGUCUUGCAUCUGCUCAAGGAUCCUGAACAAAGUGUUCGCCACUCCGCGCUUCUGGGUCUUAUUCGACUUGGUGAGGAUCUAUCUGAUAGUAUGGCAUCGCAUCACGAUGAUAUUAUGACCGCGUUGGUGAUGAAUUUGGAUGCCUCUAGCGGCGAUGAGUCUGACAAGAAGAACGUCGAUAUUAUCCGAUCCGUUUGUGGCGCCGUUGAUUCUCUCGCAGAGGGCCUAGGUCCGGAUGUCAUGGCUAAGUAUGGAGACAGCAUGAUUCGUCGCAUUGGAACGUUCUUGUCGCAUCCAGAUCCCAAGGUCAAAUCUUCGGCAGCUGGCGCGCUCGGUGCCAUCGCUGCCUCUAUCAAGAGUGCGUUUAACCCUUACCUCAAAGAGACCAUGGAGGCUAUGUCUUCCUACAUUCUCGCCGAGAGCGGAGAAGAAGAAUUGGCGUUAAGAAGCUCCAUUUGCGACGCUAUGGGUCGUAUCGCUGUGGGUGUUGGUGCCCAAGAGUUCAGUCCAUACGUCAUACCGCUAUUGGUUGCAAGCGAAAAAGCUCUUCAUCUUGGAAACCCCCGACUUCGCGAAACGACUUUCAUAUUAUGGAGUCAAUUAGCUACAGUUUACGAGGGUGACCUUGGCGAUUCCCUCUCAGGUAUAUUCAAGGGUCUAUUUGACAGCCUCGAGCUCGAGGAAGAAGACGUCGAGCUAGAUAUCCCUGCCGACCAGGACGGUCUCGUGGACGAGGAAGUUGUUUUAGCUGGAAAGAAGCUAAAGGUCAAGAAUUCUGAGGAUGCGGAUGGCGACGACGCCGACCUUAUGGAUGACGAUGAUGACGAUGAUGACUGGGACGAUCUCGUCGGAGUUUCGGCGCAAGCUUUCGAGAAAGAGAUUGCGUUAGAGGUCCUCGGCGACGUCAUCUACGCCGCAAAGGAGAAGAGUGCCCCGUACAUUGAAAGGGCCGUUGAACUUGUUGCUCCCUUCGCUGAACACUCAUAUGAGGGUUGCCGUAAAACAGCUCUCGGAACCCUAUGGCGAACGUACGCCUGCGUAUGGGAGGUUAUGGAGAAACAAACUGGCCGUAAAUGGGAACCAGGUCUGCCCAUGAAUUUCGAACCAGUCGCGAACAUCUUAAAGCUGGGCGAGAUUGUUUCUACCGCCACACUACACAUUUGGCCAGAUGAGUCCGAUCGGGAUGUUGUUACCGAAAUAAACCGAAGUGUCGCUUCAACUCUCAAGACGUGCGGUCCGGCGAUUCUAAGCCAGAAGGAAAUGAUGCAGCAGAUUGUCACUGUCCUCGGUACCAUCAUUACCCGUUCACAUCCCUGCCAACUCGACCUAGGUGAGGAAGAAGAGGACCCAAACGCAGAUCACGGAAGUUCUGAAUGGGACUGGUUGGUCGUCGACACUGCAUUAGAUGUAUUGAUCGGGCUCGCCUGUGCUCUAGGCCUACAAUUUGCCGAGGUUUGGAAGGUCUUCGAGAAGCCGAUCGUCAAACUUCUCAGUUCCAAUGAGGCCAUUGAGCGCUCUACUGCUGUCGGAGUCGUAGCUGAAUGCGUCGCCUACAUGAGCAAUGCAGUUACUCCCUAUACCCCGACUUUACUACGUCCGUUAUUGCACCGUCUUUCCGACGAGGACAAGGAGACCAAGUCGAACGCAGCCUAUGCAAUCGGACAAUUGGUAUACCACUCAGAUGACGCGAAGACGUAUCUUCCCACAUACAGCCAGAUUCUUGGAAAGCUAGAGCCUCUACUUCAGAUCAAGGAUGCUCGACUACAAGACAAUGCCGCGGGAUGUUUAUGCCGUAUGAUACUAGCCCAUCCGGAUCAAGUCCCGAUAGCAGAUGUACUUCCUGCACUUGUCGACUUGCUUCCUCUGAAGGAAGACUACGAGGAGAAUAAACCCGUUUACCAAUGCCUGCACCAUCUAUACACGCUUGGUAACCCGACGGUGCAAGAGCUAACCCCCAAGCUUCUCAAUGUCUUCCAACAAGUUCUCGGACCACCCGAGGAGCAACUCGAGCCGGAAACCAGACAGGUAGUUCAGGGUAUGGUAGCUGCCCUUGCUAAAUAAUUUCUAUGGAUGGGUUCGGGAAAAGGUCCGGAGGAAGGGGAAUGGAUACGAUUUCAUGAGCCACAUGAGUGUACGAAGAAAGGGAGAAGUGGAGGCUCUCGAUUUUUUGCCUACAUAUAGAUGAUUCCCCCUUUAAUGAUAGAUUUCCCCCAAAAGUCCCUCCGAGACGAUUAGUAUUUACGCGUUGCCUAUGAAAAUUACAAGUGCCAAAGCUGGCAUCAUGAAACGAUCGUGAGAUAUCCAUUAAAGAUUGGAGGCCACUAUCCAAUGGGAAAGUUGAGCCUUGUUAUUCUA